AUGAGUUCAAGCGCGUGUUACAAAUGUAACCGUAUGGGCCACUUUGCGCGGGAGUGCCCACAAGGCGGUGGCGGUGAAGAUAGAGGAGAUCGCGGACGCGACAGGGACGGCGGCUUCGGACGAGGCCGAGAGAAGUGCUUCAAAUGCAACCAAUUUGGACACUUCGCGCGCGAGUGCAAGGAGGAUCAGGAUCUUUGCUAUCGCUGCAACGGUGUCGGUCACAUCGCGAAAGAUUGUCAGCAGGGGCCGGAGCUGAGCUGUUACAAUUGCAACAAGACUGGUCACAUGGCGCGCAGCUGCCCGGAGGGCGGCAACGAUUCCGGCCGCUUCGCGAUGCAGAGCUGCUAUAACUGCAACAAGACGGGCCACAUCGCUCGCAACUGCACCGAGGCCGGUGGCAAGACUUGCUACAUUUGCGGCAAGACUGGUCACAUAAGCCGCGAAUGCGAUCAGGACGACAGGAAGUAGGAGAUAACCGGAAUCCGUGCCGCUCGCUUAACGAUAACGAUAAGCCGUUUACCGUCAUCGCGCGCGCCACUACCGGGAAUGGUAGCUAGGUAGGGAUGUGCGGACGUAUGUCUCGUUGACGUAUGUCUCGGUGCGUUUAUAAAUUCGCACAGGACGCCGUGGCUCCGUCGUCAACGCCGUGGUUGACGCCUGCCAAGUAUCAAUAUCGGCGUCGCCGCCGUAGCCAUUUAACGUCGCGCGUCCGUCAUAAACGGAUUUCUCCAUCUCUCCAGGCUCCCAUCUCCCGGAGGCCAGCCAGCUCUCCCCCCCCCCCCCCCCCCUCCCCCCUAAAGCCCUCCUCGCCCUUAUUCCUAAUCUCCUUCCCCUCUCUGCCCACCGUUGUUCUCUUCGCAAGGAUUUUUUUUUUCUUAACGAUGUCUUUAAGUUUUUAUUGCUGUUACACAUCGACACCCAUAUAACACGUAUACAUUUGCUACUACGUGUGAAUGAGAGCAGGGUUCAUCCUACGAGUAACACGUCUUACAAUUACAUUACAUUACUACAACAUUACAUUACAUCUACACGUAUGUGACACACAUGCACAUAUACACAUCCAUAUGACACGCAUACAUACACCACAACCUAUGUAAUAAUAUUAUAAACAUUCUAUUGACUUAGAGUAGAGACAUGAAUCCUCUGUCCCUUGACUUUCGAAUCGUCUCGUACGCGCAUUGUUUUCCGAUGCAAGAUGUAUGGAUUCUCGGGAAGCUCCACGCGUAGCCUCGCCGAGCAAUUGGCGCGCGGCCGGCGGUUUUGCGCGGCAUGAAUGUACGCGCGAAACUACCUCCACGCGCAUCCUUGACGGCUCUCGCAUUUGUAUGAAUAAAGUAAAUUUUACAAUACGUGACUGUUUACGAUUGACAAACAAGAAAAAAAUGAAAAAAAAAUAAUAAAGAACAGGCCGCCACGUUAAAAACAACGGCGCGUCCGUUGAGAAAUGAAGCAUGUCUUUGACACACGGAUUCACGAGCGAAUCACAAGGCACGGGCUCACGUCGCACUACUUUUCGCAUCCACGCAUCUUGUAUUCUCCGGUCCUCCCUCUCGAACUCUCUAGCCGACACUCAUAAAUCGACAAGUGAAGGAAAGCAAGAAAGAAUAAAAAAAAAAAGCAAUUCGGAAGCGGAACGCGGGAAAAUAGGACAAAGAAGUAUGCGAGAACACAUGCCGGCCCUGAAUGCAUAAAAAAAAAAUAAUGUUUAGUAACGCUAAUUUUUAAUGUGUAAGGAUGUAAUGAGGAUCUCACCCGAGCCGUUACUGUGCAUCACUUUUGCGUUUCUUUCGUUUCCUUUUCUAUUUUCUUUUUUUUCUUUUUAUAUAUAUACCGGACUCGUCUAGUUUUCAUUAUAGGUACGGACAAAAAGCGAAGUAUAGUUGUAGGAUUGUCAGUGUUUACAGGUUUAUAUGCAAUUAUACUCAUAUCCUCCGACUUCGAAGUAGGGCGAAAGAGAGAGAAGAAUAAUGUGCAUUUUCCUGACAUAAAAGGAAAGAAUUACGUUGCGAUUAAUAACCAGUAAGAUACGUCCGAAAUGGUCGCUACAUCUCAAUAUAUAUGUAUAUAUACAUAUAAACACGGUGGUCUGUACAAGUUGACACAUUUUGUACGUACACAAUCAUAAUUGUUAAUGACAAGACUAUAGAUUCAUAUUGUUCAUACUGUCGCGCCGGGGACUAUUGAUGGACCUGCGCGACGAAAAGAGGGGAGCCCACACAGGAGGAAGUGUACCAACCUUACUAUAUCCUUACAUGUUGCUGAAAAAUACUUCGUUACUAGGUAUAUGUAUAUAUAUAUGCGCAUGUGUGUAUACAUAUAUUUAUGCAUAUGUGCAGGAGCUGUAUUUUGUACUGUAAAAAGCUAGCUUAUACUCUGGUCGUUGCUGGUGACUAAUUCCAAUGGUACGAUUCUCCUUUUGUAUCUUCAACGAGAAAAAUUAUAUUUUUCAUGUAUAGAGUAUAAUCCCGAGGUCAAAUACUCUUUUUUUUUUCUUACUCAUAAGUUGUAGGGGACGAAAUUUUUCGUAUAGAUGCGAUCGGUAGAAGGAAAUCGACUGAUUCGAGGGGGAAAAAGAAAAGGCUAUUAUUCCCCGUUGCAUACGAAGGGGAUACGACCACUUUUAAGCUCGACGCGAGUACAAAGCGAGAUUUUUUCUUAUAUAAACGAGGGAAAGAAGAGGAUACGGAGCGCGCGCGAGCGCGUACCAAGCACGACGAAAUUAUGUUAGCGGGAGCCGCGACUCGUCCGACCGCGCGACAUUUCAAUCAAGUUAAAACGCAACGUGAACAACGCAAUUAGGAUAUAAGAUGCGAUUAGAAUCCCGACUACAUUAUCUGGAGUACCCCGGAACACACGCGUUCACGCCAAGUAGCAAGCAGCGCGGACUAUGCAGUUAUCAAUUCGGUCAUCCGGACGGCGAGUCUUUGUUCAGGCCGGAAAGGCGGAUCGCGCGGACUUAGCGUCCCCGAGGAGGAACGCUUCGGGAUUUUCGCGACGUCCGCGCGAUCCGUACACUUUGCGGACUUCCGGUGUGGUUCUACCAGCAGCGACAAUUGUGUAUUAACGUUCAGAAGCCAGGCGUGCCUGACUGACUGUCUCGGUGGAAGAAAGGCCCGGGGCGACGUCCGCCUUCCCGUCCCCCGGGGCGGCGGCGGCGGCGGCGCACUCCGGGAGUGUUUUUCUUAAUAGUAAACCCAGGUGUCCUGCAACAAUUUUAUACACUUAAACACACUGUUCGGGACUUAAAAACAAUACCGGAUCUCAUUGCGUAGUUUCGGUGUGCUAGUGCUCACGACGAGACUUGGAGAGGAUCAAACAAAUUGUACUUCGCUAUAUUGGAACCUUCGCGGACCUCUGGCGCUACCAAUGCGCGGACACACGUCGGACCAAGUAUUCCGGACCGCGCGAAGUGUCUGGGACGGAUGUGUCCGAAGGCUCGGGGUAUUAUCCUUCGUGUACUUUGAGGACUAGUCUCGAUUGGACUCGACUUAGGAACUCGGGUUCUUCGACGGAUUUGAUGCAUCCUUCGUUUCGAGGGUAUCUUGUACCUUUCUACCUCGGGGAUAUCUUUCACUGAUACUAGAGAGAAGCGAAGGAUGGAUCGGGUCACAUUCAAAGUUGGGAGUCCCGAUACCUCGGACGCGUCGUCAGACUUUUCUCAAACGUCUCUUUUAUACCGUCUGGCUGGGAAUGACUUGAAUACACAUCACACACGCGAGAGCAACAUAGUCUGGAUAGAUGCAACCGAUUCCCUCCGCGACACGGUCUCCGCGGUUUUGUUGGCGGCGGCAGAGGUCCAGACGAGCAUACGAAUAAUUAUUAUAAAGAAUAUAUAAAAAAAAAAAACGAGUGCGAUUAGGGCACCUGCGCUUUUGUCUCUGCUACAAGACUUACGUACGAAUAUUGUAAAGAAUACGACUGUUACAGUAUAUGAAUCUAAUUCGACCGGCAUGCGCACGCCGGGUCCACGGCUCGACUUAUAUAUUAAACUAAUCUAUAAAUACUAAAAAAAAUGAAGAAGAAGAAGAACCGAGAGAGAGAGAGAGAGUGAGAGAGAGAAAAAAGAAGAAGACGAGGAUGAAGAGGAAAGAAGAGAAAAAAAAUAAGCUACAAAGUAAUAAAAGGAUUAUGGAGUAUUCGAAGUUAUGUUUUUAAACUGAAUUUUUGAAAUAGAAUGUGUACGGAGAGGCAAAA